CUGGGGAGGUGGGCACACACCAGCCUUCUCCUUUUCCCCUGGAUAACUUGAUCCAGUGUGGCAUCCCGCCCGGCAUUCCCUGUUCACUGGGACAGUCUCCAAGCGCGGGAUAAGCUUGGUUUGUCCCUGGUCACCGUGACACGGCCACAGGAGGUGACCACAGGGCUGGGGCACUGAGGUCGCCGGCGGCACGGGAGCGAGGAGCCCUGGGCAGAGCUCAUCCCACGGAAUCAGCUGAUCCUGAACCCCCCCCGCAUCCCAGCCAUCUGGAUAUAAACCCACACCGCAGAGCCCUGUGCUCUGCCUGUGACGCCGCCAUGGGACGGGGCUGCUCCUUCCUCCUGCUCCUCUUCCUCCUGUCCCCGUGGCCCAGCGCCACCGUGGCACUCCUGCAGUACCGCCACGACUGCGGAGAGUUGGGAAUGCAGCUCUUGGUCUUCCCGCCCCACGGCCGCAGCGUCCGCUUCAAGGUUCUGGACGAGUUUGGCUCCCGCUUUGACGUGGCCAACUGCUCCAUCUGCCUCCACUGGCUGAGCUCCAGGGAGGAUGGCUCCGUCAUCUUCUCCUCCGGCUACAAGGGCUGCCACGUCCUGUUCAAGGAGAACCGCUACGUCCUGCGGGUGCAGCUGGAGGAGCUGCUGGCCGGCGGGAUCCCCGUCACCUCCCACGAGGUCAACAUGACCUGCCCCAAGCCAGGGGGCUCUGAGAUGCUCCCAGGAGGAAAGCGGGAGCAGGGCCGGGACAGCGGAGUGGUGGUGUCCCACACUGGGCUGCACCAGGUCUCCGAGUCCUCCCUCACCCUCACAGGAUCCCAGUUCACAUCCCGGGAUCACUUGGAGCAGGUUCACACCAUUGGACGGUACCAGCCCAGCUCAGAGCUUCCGGGCAUCCAGCACCAUUCCAGUCUGGCUCACUCGGGGCUUCUGUCCCAGCCGGGGGGGGUUCGUCCUGUCACCCCAGUCCAGGGAACCUUCAUCCGCCCGGGAAUGCAGUCCCCCCAGCCUGGGGGGCAGAGCCAGCCGGGGAUGCUUCGCCCAGUGCUUGUAUCCCAAAACCAUCCCAGUGCGGUGCAUCCCGGGGGUCAGACCCAGCCGGGGCACCUGCAUCCAGGCUUUGUAUCCCCAAACCAGCCUGGGGUGAUGCAUCCUGGGGGUCAAAACCAACCAGGGACUCACCCAGGGUUUGUAUUCCAAAAUCAGCCUGGAGGGGUGUAUCCUGGGGGCCAAACCCAGCCAGGGAUUCGCCCAGGGUUUGUAUCCCACAACCAGCCUGGGGAUCAAACCCAACCAGGGAUUCGCCCAGGGUCUGUAUCCCAAACCCAGCCUGGGAUUCACCCAGGGUUUGUAUCCUACAACCAGCCUGGGGGUCAAAACCAACCAGGGAUUCGCCCAGGGUCUGUAUCCCACAGCCAACCAGGGAUUCGCCCAGGGUCUGUAUCCCACAACCAACCAGGGAUUCGCCCGGGGUCUGUAUCCCACAACCAGCCUGGGGGUCAAAACCAACCCGGGCAACCUCGUCCAGGGUUUGUAUCCCAAAACCCUCCCAAUGGCCAAAACCAACCAGGGCUUCACCCUGGCCUUGUGUCCCACAACCAGCCUGGCAUGACUUCCACUGGUGCUCAGAGUCCAGCAGGAUUCCUGCGCCCGGUAGCUCAGCCCCCAAACCAGCCGGGAAUAUCUCGUCCCGGUCAUCACUCCAACUCCCCAGCCGGGCUGCAAGGCCACACCGGGCUGCUCCAUCCUGGCCAUGCCAGCCCGGCUGUGGUGCACCCGGGACUCUCAUCCUGGCCAGGUUUCAUCAGCCCUGGGCUCCAGGCUCAGCCCCAGCCGGGCCUGGGACGCCCAGGGCUGCAGCCCCAGCCUGGAUUGCUGCAGCCUGGGAUCCACUCCCGGCCCAGCCUGCUGGAGUCCACAGCGCUCUUCUACCCCUCGGCAGGGGCAGGGACGCAGCUGACGCGGGAGCAGUGCCAGGUGCCGGCGGGCAGGAUGCCGUGCGUGGCUCCGGAGGGGCGGGACGGGUGCCUGCAGGCGGGAUGCUGCUACGACGACAUGGACCGCACCACACCCUGCUACUACGGGAAUACCGCCACCGUGCAGUGCCUGCUGGAGGGGCACUUUGUCGUGGUGGUGCCGCGGGGGAUGGUGGCCCAGCCGUACAACCUGGACAGCGUGCGGCUGGCCAGCAGCCAGGCGGGCUGCGAGCCCCUCCACGUGUCCGAGGCUUUCGUCGUGUUCCGCUUCCCGGUCACCCACUGCGGCACCACGGUCCAGGUGGUGGAGGACAGGCUGAUCUAUGAGAACCAGCUGAUCUCCACCAUCGACGUCCAGGGAUCCCCCCGUGGCUCCGUCACUCGGGACAGCGUCUACAUUCUCCGGGCUCGGUGCAUCUACAACGCCAGCGACCUCCUUCCCUUGGGAAUGGAGGUGGCCGUGCCCCCCACAGCUGCCCCCCUGGCCAUGCCGGGCCCGCUGGGGCUCCAGCUGCGGAUUGCCACUGACGAAUCCUACAGCUCCUACCACCCUGUGGGUGACUUCCCCCUGGUGAGGGUGCUCCGGGACCCCAUCUACGUGGAAGUCCGGCUGCUCCAGAAGACGGAUCCCAAUUUGGUGCUGGUGCUGCACCACUGCUGGGCCUCCCCCGGCCCCCACGCCACGUCCCAGCCCCAGUGGCCCAUCCUGGUGGAAGGGUGUCCCUUCCAAGGGGACAACUACAGGACGAGGCUGAUCCCAAUGGGGCCGGCCUCUCCGGAGCUGCCCUUCCCGAGCCACUACCAGCGCUUUGUCAUCUCCACCUUCGCCUUUGUGGAGCCCCCCAAAAUGGCUGUGCUGGAGGGGGAGGUGUACAUUUCCUGCAGCGCUUCCGUGUGCCACCUGGCCCAGGCGGAGCCCUGCCGGCCCUCCUGCCAGCUGGGAGUGCCCUCACGAGUGAGGAGGUCUCUGGAGGACAGGACAGGUGACAGCAUGGGGACAGUCACAUCCCAGGGAUGCAUCAUCUUUCCUGAAGUUCCCAAGUGAGGGGGAACGCAGCGGAGAGGUUGAGGGCUCCAGCCUCUACCUGGAUGCCUCUGGAUGUCUCUGGGAAAGCUGGAAAAAUAAAACUAGUGCAGAGCAUG